AUGGCUGGCGAAACGCCAAAAAUCGGCGGGUCUCGCCGCGAUUUGCCGUCCAGAGUGCAGCCACUACGGUAUGGGGAGGACAAGGAGAGCGGAAAAGAGAGAAAAGAAUGUAAAAUCAAUGAAGUGGCCGCACUUUUCUGUGCGAUUACUCCCGUUUCGCAACUUGUUUGUUUUCUUCUGACCCCUUAUUAGACUGUUCAAACGGUCACUAAAGCUCCCGACAGUCAAUACUUCCCCGUCCCGUGGGAAUUUUCAUCGAUUUUGUUUCGAAACAUUUAUUUGUUUAUUUCAGGGAUCAUCUGCCCAUCUGCUUCGCUUUUAUCGAAAUGGUGAGUGAUUAUCGCUGAAAUUUAAUUUAAAAGAAUAUUUUCCUUCUCAGGGUGAACAACAGCUCGAUUGCGCCCUCGACUUGAUGCGCAGACUGCCGCCUCAGCACUGCGACAAGAACCUAACGGACCUGAUCGAUCUUUGCCCGCAUCUUGUCGACGAUCUUCUCAGUGAGUAACCUUCUCACUGAGAAUAUCCUCAUAUUCAUAUUUUUCCUUAGGUACCAUUGACCAACCGCUGAAAAUCGCUGCGGAUCGUGACACCGGCAAACAGUAUUUGCUUUGUGACUACAAUCGUGAUGGCGACAGCUAUAGGUAUGAGUCAUCAUUUGAAAAGAGUUCAUAAAUGGCAAUGAGUCAUCGGUUUCUAUCUCACUAUCAUCUUUUUGUUUCAGAUCGCCAUGGAGCAACACGUACGAUCCGCCACUUGAAGAUGGGCAGCUUCCAUCGGAGAAACGUCGGAAGAUGGAGAUCGAGGCAAACGCCGCUUUCGAAUCUUACCGUGAUCUGUAAGCUCGCAUAUAUCUCAAAAUCUAUAUAACUUGUUUGCAGGUACUUCGAAGGCGGAGUCUCCUCCGUUUACUUCUGGGAUUUGGAUAACGGCGGAUUUGCCGGAAUCGUGCUCAUAAAAAAGGAAGGCGACGGCGCGAAGAACAUCACCGGAUGCUGGGAUUCCAUCCACGUCAUCGAGAUCACUGAGCGGGUAGUUCUUUCUGAAUUGAGCUGUUUCACAACGGUCCACUGGUUCAGGCGCGUCAGGCUCACUACAAAUUGACGUCGACCAUCAUGCUGUGGCUGCAGACGAACAAGAGCUCGAGCGGAGUAAUGAACCUCGGAGGAUCGUUGACUCGACAGCACGAGAUGGACGCUCCGAUCAACGACCAGAACACGCAUCUCGCCAACAUGGGACGGAUGAUUGAGGACCAAGAAUCGAAAAUGCGUCACACUAUCAAUGAAAUAUACUUUGGAAAGACUAAGAAGGUAUCAAAUCCAUCUCCUUUUCCACUUGAUUCAGUGUUCUUCAGGUGAUGUCGGAUCUUCGUUCUCUAGAGAAGCAAAGUGAUCUCGAGAAGCAGGACGAAAUCGUGCGUGAGAUCUCGAACGCCGUCGCUUCCCGCGGAGCCAACUGA